ACAUAUAAACUAGCCUGAAGGAGGCUGCUGUCAGUUUGACACUUCAAAGAGAGACGGGAACACUGCCUCAACGAGACUUCUCUACAAAAAGGAUUUUUUUUUUUCUUUCUGACCAGCCAGAACCAGAGCUGUUAAUUCAUAACAGAUUGCCACCGCCGGCUAAACUACCUGGACUGCGUGGAUUUGAAAAAGAAACAAACAAACAAAAAAAUGACUUCGAUUAACCCAGAAAGCUUGCAGAAACAUCCCGGCAGCAGAGGGCUGGAGAAAUGCCUUUUGGGAUCAGUAAUCGUGCUUUUCAUCGCGGUCGCUGCUGCCUGUGUCUUCUUCUUUAUUGCACUACAAGGGAUGCAACUGGAGACGGAGCGGAAGAAGGACCUUGAUCUUGGGCAGAACUGCGCCCGUCUUCAGGCAAGGACUGUGCUGCUCAGCAACGUGACAAUGGAAUGGAUAAGCGACAAGGGAAUAGGCCAAGUUUUUGUGGGAGAGCACUUCAGCUACGACAAGGACUUGCACAUGUUGAACACCAAAGCACAAGGCGUGUUCUACUUGUACCUGCAGAUGGCAGUCAAGUGCACUGGCCCCUAUUGCAAAACUGAAGGCAGGGUCACCGUCACAGUCUUCAAUUCGGAGGAUGGAGAUGGCAGCGUCGCCCUGGAGUGCGUGAUAGACAUACCCGCAAACGGCACCUUGAAGCCCAUUUCCAAGAACUGUGUCGGUCUGGUGAAUGUGAGGAAAGGCAACAAGAUCUAUGCCCACUUGACCUUCUCGGGGGAAGCCACAACAGACUGGCAGCUGGACAACACUGAUUUCGGGAUCUUCCUGGUGUCAAAGUAGGACGCUGCAGUGAAUAACAUGGUUGGAACAAACCGAGGAACUUUUCAAGAAAUGACAUGGUUUGGGUGCUGAUCAAGGGUGAUUUGCUCUUCCGUGGUCUUCUCACAGUUCCUCUCCAGGUCCUUUUGAGGCUUGGGCGGUACACACCAUUGUGUUUUCCCAGGAGGAUUAUUCUUUAGCGGGGUACCAGGGCAUUAGAUGCAACCCAACAGGGAGCGGGACAAUACGGAUCUCUCCAUACACACUGCUGAAAAGGCAGUGUAGAGAUACCCUCAGUGUUUGGUGCUUUUAUCCGUGAGACAACUGGGGUUUGAAUCUUCAAUGCUAAGUGACUGUAUCAUUUCCAGCACUGUUUGUUAAGCAGUAUAAUUUAUAUGUAUUGGUUUUUUGUGUGUGUGUGUGUACGGAAAGCACUACUUUUCCUGCCAAUAGGAACCCCAAUGUUUUGUUUUCAUGAACCAGAACUGUACAGGUUUCAGUUGAAUUGGCACAAACAGCCCAGUAUUAUGGAUCAGGUCCUUGCAGUCGCAUUGUUGGUUCUUGAAACCCUGUUUAAUGUAAAGCAAGGAGGCACUUUAACUGGAUGCACUAUAUAUAAUGCAUGGUUACCGUUAUUAUUUGUAGCUUGUUUGGGUAGUUUUCAUCCACUCUUAGCAAAUAAUUUCUACUGUAAACAUCUGUUCAUAAGAUUUGACAGGUUUGGGAGGUGCUGGCUUUAAGACAACACACCUGCUCUUACAGACCGCUUCCUGUUUCCUGUCGGUUUUCUCACAGGCCUUGUCCUCAUCUGUAAAGGAAAUGCCAGUGACUUCACUUCCUGUUUACUGACGAAUGACUUCAGCACUGUUUUUUUUUUUCUUUGUCAGCAAUUUGACGUCGAAGUGAAACUGGAUUUUCUGUUUCAGGAAAAAAAAAAAGUACACUGACCGCCACAGAACCAAAACCUUUUUUUUUUUCUUCAUGAAAUUCCAAUAGCUGGUUUUAUAAUUAUUACGGCUAUAAUAAUAAUAAUAAUAAUAAUAAUAAU